GGAAUAUCCAGAUACUACUCCCUCCUAUCACAAACUUUGUCCUCGUCCUUUGCCGCUUUGCUGCUUUGAUUGUGCGACCUAUCCACACCCAGCACCCGCCCACGCACCCUCAAUGUACCUCCACCCUUAUCCGUCCUCUUCGCUCCCAGAACAGAGAUUACGAGCCCAUCUGCAUCGCCAGAGCCAGGCUGGGGCUAAGCCGAUGGGAGCCCUGCUCAGCAAGGCACCGCCACAAUUGUUAA